CAUACGGUUGGCAACAGCAGUAGAUUGUUUCACACAACCAGACUUCAAUACCACCUGCAAUUUCAUAACCAUCAGAAAGUAUCCUUCCAUAUAGGAUUGAUUACACACAAAAAAAUAUAUACUCACCACCAGACUGCAAUACUGCUUGCAAGUGAAUCAUAACUAGAAAUUAUAUUUGCAAUGUAAAUGUUUUCAUAUUGAAAAUUUACUCUCAGAAAAACUAUAUGAGAAGGAGACAUGAGUCUAGAAGCUAACAGCUGCUAACUCCUGUAAAAAUGGAGACAUAUCUGGGAAAAGAGUUCAAGAUAAGAACUGGCGCAGUGUGACAGAAGGGGGCCUGAUCUCAAUAGUGAUUUUUGAAGUGAAGAGAGAUUAUUGUUGGGUAAUUUUAGAGCUCAAUAUGAGUGUGAUCCACUUUUAGAAGAGAUAUCUAAUAUGUAAGAAACUCCCAUAGUAGCGCUGGUAAGGAACAAGGUGAAGGGAUUAAUCUAGAAAGAGGGGCAUGGACGUAACUUCAUUACCCAUUUCGAAAAUGAGAAAAAGUGGGAAAUGCGGGGGUGUGUAGUGGAGAGUGGAGUAACCGGCAUAACCGUCACUACAGCCCACGAACGAACAAAUUUCAUAGCCCAGAAAAAAGACAAAACGAAGUUGCAAAUCGAAACCUAGGAUAGUACGCUGAUUUCGGUGAUUGGAAUUCUUUCUCGUGGAAUGUGGGGGCAAUGGCCGGAGACAGAGACAGAGACGGAGGAACGGCGGCGGGAGAGAUAAGGAAAGGGCCGUGGAAGGCAGAGGAAGAUGAAGUCCUCAUAAACCACGUGAAGAAGUAUGGCCCCCGAGAUUGGAGCUCCAUUCGAUCCAAAGGCCUCUUGCACCGCACCGGCAAGUCCUGCCGCCUCCGGUGGGUCAACAAGCUCCGACCCAACUUGAAACAUGGGGUGAAGUUUUCUAUGGAGGAGGAGAGGGUGGUGAUAGAACUGCAGGCGCAAUUCGGGAACAAAUGGGCAAGAAUCGCGACUUACUUGCCGGGAAGAACCGACAACGAUGUCAAAAAUUUCUGGAGCAGCCGGCAGAAGAGGCUGGCCAGGAUUUUGCAGACUGCUCCUCCCAGACCCCAACCCACGCCCAUCAUCACUAGGGAAGUUCCUGUCUUCCAUGCUGUUCCAAUUGAGGCGCCAAAGUUUAGUUCUUCGGCUGAGCAAGAACCAUCCUGCACAAAACUUCAGCCCUGUUCAUCAUCCUAUGAAAUGAUGAAGAUAGUGCCACUGCCGGAAUUGGUGAAUAUGAACCCCAACUUGCUUAAUUAUGACACCACCGCCGUUGCUCAACUGGAGUUCAAUCCAAGCAUGGAUCAGUCCCAGGCCCAAUCCCAAAUCCUUUUUCCGGAUCAGUUCCCGGAAGCACCGCAGCAAGACCUUGCAUUUUCGCAGGAGAGCCAAGAGCUGAUGGCGAGGCUGGAGGACCCCUGCUUCUUGGAUGUAUUUGGAGGGAGGGAUUCCGAGGAACUCGGAAACGAAGGGAGGCUCGGUUUCUUUGCAGUGCCGUCGGAAGGAAUGGGGUGCUGUGAGAAUGGGGGGAAGAAGGUGAAGGAGGAGAAGCUGAUGACUCCGGACAGCUUCUUUGAUGAUUUUCCCACGGACAUGUUUGACCACAUUGAGCCGCUUCUCAGCCCUUCAGAGUGGUAAACGCUGA